GUCGGUUAGGAAACAGUGAAAAAAGAAGUCCCAACUCAACAAGUGCUGAAACCUAUUGGUCAAGAUUCUCUAAAUCAUCACAGUUCCAUGUGGGUCCUCUACUUCUUAUUAAAACCGCGUGCUUCCCAUUUUUUGGCUGGAACCUGAAGCUAAGUUUAACUCUUUCAUUCACCUAAAUUAAAGCAUCUUCUGUGUCCCUGACCACUGGUUUUAGUACUUGGGUACACAUUUCCAUUGUCGAAUGUUGUACAGUUUUAGAAUAAUUCACUUUCACACAUUUUUUGCCACAAUUAUCUUGCGUGAUAGAUUGUAAUUUGUUGUAACAUGUAUGAAAGUAUGUGAUACUUGAAUUAUUCAUAGUUUUAAUGGCCAAGAUGCUAAAAAAUAGAUAAUUUUGAAACCCAAAGUCCAAAACAAGUUGGUGUCGACAAAAACAAGAGUGGUUACUAAACAAAGUAAGAAAAUUACAAACUAAAAUGAGUUAUACGUGUUAGUUAUGUGAACUGCCCCAUAAUCCUAUAUGCCUUUACCUGUUUUUUUUUAUGGGUUUCUUUAUACAUAGUUAUAAGUUCCAUGAGCUUCACACUCCCUUAUAAAGGUUCCCACUGAAAUGGUGAAAACCCAUAGAUGAAGAUAUAGAGAGAAUAUUCAGCAUUCCUUAAUUAUCAAAUCCACUGGUUGAAGACACAUCUCUGCUUUUUCUCAAACGCUAUGGCUACUGGUAGAUCAAGAUAUGUGAGAUUUCGAGAUGAUCUUGAAACUGCAAACUGUACACCACCCAAUGAUAGUCAUUUGUUAAUGCCAACUCAUAACAUCAAUGAUAAACAGGCACCUGAUAUGUGCCUGAGGAGUAUUGAGAAAGAUGCAAUAGGCAAGUACUCUCUUGGAAGAGAACUUUCCAAUGUCUUCUCUGAGGAUUAUGAUGUGGUGGAGAAGAUAAUAUUGGAUCCUCAGGGACCUGUUUCAAACAGAUGGAACAAAAUCUUCUUGUUGGCAUGUUUGCUUUCUCUUUUCGUGGACCCCUUGUUUUUUUACUUACCAAUGGCUAAGGAAGAGGCGUGCAUUGAAGUUAUGGUGUCCCUUGAAGUAGCCCUUACUAUCAUUCGGUCAAUGAUUGAUGCAUUUUACGUUGUUCAGAUUUUUGUUAGAUUUCGAACGGCUUAUGUUGGUCCUUCCUCUCGAGUAUUUGGGAGAGGAGAGCUUGUUAUUGACCCUUCAAAGAUUGCUUCAAGAUACCUUCGCAAAGGCUUUUGGCUAGACCUUGUAACUGCUCUACCCCUUCCACAGAUAUUGAUUUGGGCUGCAAUCCCAAAUUUAAGAGGUUCAGAAAUUACCCCUUCAAGUAUUGUUGUUCGCUUCCUUAUCAUUUUCCAGUACCUCCUGAGAUUAUAUCAUAUCUAUCCGCUCACAUCUGAAAUUGUCAAGGCCAAUGGGGUUAUGAUGGAAACAGCAUGGGCUGGAGCUGUAUACAAUCUGAUGCUCUGUAUGUUGGCAAGUCAUGUUUUAGGAUCCUGUUGGUACCUCUUAUCCAUUCUACGACAAGAAGAAUGUUGGAUGAAAGUUUGCAGUCUUGAACAACAUGAUUGCAAAUAUUGGUUUUUAUAUUGCAGUAAUGUAGAUAACCCUAUAAGAGCUGCUUGGUUCAAAUCCAGCAAUAUCUCAAGUCUAUGUGCUGGAACUAGUGACUUCUUUCAGUUUGGCAUUUAUGGUGAGGCAGUGACUUCUGGAACUACAGCCUCAAGGUUCUUCAACAAGUACUACUUCUGUCUUUGGUGGGGCCUGAGGAAUCUGAGUAGUUUGGGACAGAAUCUCUUCACAAGCGCUUAUAUUGGAGAAAUAAGUUUUGCUUUUGUGAUCGUGAUCCUUGGAUUGGUGCUUUUUGCACUGCUUAUAGGGAAUAUGCAGAUGUACCUCCAAUCCACGACUGUGAGACUGGAAGAGUGGAGAGUUAGGAGGACUGAUACAGAACAAUGGAUGCAUCACAGGCAACUACCAAGUGACUUGAAGCAGAGUGUGCGAAGGUAUGAUCAAUACAGAUGGGUUGCAACUCGGGGAGUUGAUGAGGAAGCCAUUCUUAAAGAUCUCCCCAUGGAUCUCAGACGAGAAAUCAAACGCCACCUGUGUUUAGAUCUAGUUCGGAAAGUACCACUUUUUGAUCAAAUGGAUGACAGGAUGCUAGAUGCAAUCUGUGAAAGGCUGAAACCUUGCCUAUGUACACCUGGCACUUGCCUAGUUCGUGAGGGUGAUCCUGUCAAUGAGAUGCUUUUCAUUGUACGAGGCCACUUAGACUCUUGCACCACCAAUGGUGGUCGCAGUGGUUUCUUCAAUUCAUGCAGCAUUGGAGCAGGGGACUUCUGUGGUGAAGAAUUGCUAACCUGGGCCCUGGACCCUCGUCCAAAUGUUGCGCUUCCUUCAUCUACACGCACAGUAAAAGCCAUCACCGAAGUUGAAGCUUUUGCUCUCAUUGCUGAGGACUUGCAGUUUGUAGCAGCCCAAUUUCGCACUCUGCACAGCAAGAAAGUCAGGCAGACACUUAGGUUUCACUCUCACCAAUGGAGGACAUGGGCUGCAUGUUUUAUACAAGCAGCUUGGUUUCGAUAUAAAAGACUGAAAGAAGCAGCUGAGCUCAAGAAGAGGGAGAGUCUGGUGGCAUCUGGGCCUAAAUCUGCACUAGAAGAGAGUUCAUCCUUCCCUCCAUAUGGCUCAAGCUUUACAACGUAUGCAGCAAAAUUGGCAGCAAGCACUAGGAGAGGUGGAAGCAAGAAGUGUGGAACUCAAUUUGACAUUCUAAACUCAUUACAGAAGCCAGUUGAACCUGAUUUUACUGUUGAAGAUAGAUGAAGAAAAAUCCUUGUACUUUGUGAAGUGCCAAAUAUCAGUAUAUAUAUAUGUAUUUAGUUCUCUUUUGUGUUACCUUACUAUUCUGCAGGUUUGGGCACGAAAUUCAUGGCAAUGCCUUAGUGGUUCAGUCUUUACAUUGAUUAUUCUCAUGUAGGUUUUGUUGCUUAGGCAUUGUUUCAUUGUUAAGAAUGAUAACUUAUAGGGUACUCUAGGUUGUUGUUUCUCAUCUUGUAUGUGCGGCAUCAGUAAUGGAUGUAACCACACUUAUUCUUUAUUCUUCUUUUCCUCCUAUUA